GAGUAAAAUGCAUUGCAAUUGGGAUCAUUCUAGGUUGCCGUAGAACGAUGUCUUCUACGUAGUUCAAGAAUCAUGAUGAAGGAAACGGACCUUUCUACUACCUCCACUCAUCCAUAUGCAGGGUCCUUAUUUGGCCAUUUGUAUACGCUUUUUUUGUUCACGAAGUCGGACUUCAAGACGACCAUUACACCCAUUUCGCUCUUCGCCAUGGCCGUCUCGCCUAAACUCCAGCUUGCUCGUAUACCCCAAGUCAUUUUUUGGCUCUGGUUACACGUACUUCAAUGCGAUGUCUCAAACCAGACUACACAUCCAGAGGAAGACGAGGUCAAUAAAAGUGAUCGUCCUAUUCCUUCCGGUCGUAUGACAUUGCGUCAGGCGUUGAUAUUGCGAUGGCUACUCGUACCUGUAUGCUGGAUAUACUCCCUCUGGUAUAGCACCCAGCUGAUGUGGACGAGCGUUGUGUUGACCGUCUUGACCUUCAUCUACAAUGAGCAAGCGGCUGCGAGCCAUUGGGCAAUGAAAAACCUUCUCAACGGUUUCGGUCUAUGCACCUUUGAGGCGGGUGCGGCGCUGACAAUAGCCCCUCAAUACCGAAAUCUUCAAGGCAGCGUUCUGCUCGCCAUCUUGAUGAACUUUGGAAUUUAUGUGACGACCAUCCACACCCAAGACUUUAAAGACGUCCAAGGUGAUAGUCUUAUUGGCCGCCAUACCCUCCCAAUCGUUCGACCAGAUAUUGCACGCGAGACAGUGAUCGUCGGGAUGAGCUUUUGGAGUAUGGCAUUGGCAUGGACGUGGGGACUGGAUGGUUUUACGUCUGCCGCAUUUGUUCUGUUAGCGGUAUUCGUGGGUUAUCGCUUCAUGGCUUUCAAGGAAACAAGAGAUGAUCAGAUUUCCUUCUAUUGGUAUAACGUCUGGCUGUCGCUUGCACAUAUAUCGCCCGCAUACUUCCGGUACCUCGCUUGAGGUCCUCGGAGGCAGAAUAGAUAGAACUGCUCUCGUACCUCAGGACACCUAGACGGAGACGCGAUCUUUUAGAGAAUAUGUAUGACAUGGUAGUAACGAUUCUCUGCUCAAACUGCCAUUUUUAUCCCUAUCGCAGGAGUGUGCUGGUAGAUGUGGUAGAGAAUUUUUGCAACGUUUCAGUCGGCAUGCUUCUCUAGACGGCGAUAUUACUGUACUCAGCACCCUGGACAAACAAACCCGUGCCGAUUCA